CUCUGGUAGUGUGGCUUCAGAAUCAAGUGCGUUCAGUCAAAGCGGCGCGCUAUUUAACUUCUCCAAUCCUCCCUGUCUGCUCUUCUUCACGUUUACGAACUUGUUGUGCCCCCUCCACUCCUCCACACACUCCAGCCGUCUGAGAAAUUUCUUGGGACCUAGUCAAGUGGGGAAUAAUUUCGAUGCGGGACCUGAACUUACCUAGGAGUAGCUGGAGAGCACCCUGCACAUUUGCUUUACAGAACUGUUAGCAGUUAUCAGGCUUCUGGAAACAGUUGCAUGACACUUUCGAAAAGCUCCUUUUGUGUGGAGGAACAAGGCUUGCCUAAUGGUCAUUUGGUGCUGACUGUAACAGGAGGUUAUCAAUCUUUACGUGACACAUUACAAAGAUCGUGGUUUUGAUUAUGCAAUCCGACCACUGGCGCGUACAGACAGUUGAAUGCAUUGCUGCUCGGUUGAAAACAGGGGAAAGUGCAAAUAGAAGGUGGACAGUCGGUCCAAUCGUUUAGUGUCAUUCGAGAGCUCAGACUGCUAAUGCACAUCUCCUUAAGAAGGUGCACGUGUAAUGGAGUCAAGAAGGCGCGGUGAUCUGAAAUGGGCAUCGCUUCGGUGUUUUUUGGUUCUGGCAGCGGCUCUUCAUUGCUCUGCAGGUCGAGAAAUCCGAACAACGGAUCUCGCUACUUUUGCACAAGGAUCCCAUAAACCUGUCAAUGUUGAGUCGAAAGCAGUGUCUGGCGCAAAGGAGGACUCUGCCCAGGAAGUUUUUUCAAUGGAUUAUAGCUACAAUCCAGGAAGUCCUAGACCCGUGCCACAGGCUCCAAGAGGUCGCGCCCCACGCAUUGGUGUACCGCCGUCACCUCCCACCACCGACAUCACUCCUCAAGUUCCUCCCCCUCCUAUAAUUGUCACACCAAGCCCCCCUCCACCUGCAUCCGAAUCAUUCCCCCCACCGACACCUCCUUCGAAUCAAGUCCCUCCAUCCCUCCAACCACCAUAUGUCUCCCCGCCUAGCUUCAUUCCGCCUCCGUUGUUUGGGGCGCCUCCAUUGCCACCAUUGAGUCCAUUUCCAUUUCCACUAAUCCCUCCUCCCCCAAUAGGUUAGGUAAAGCAAACUCAACACUGAUUGAUAUUUGUUCCUGCUAUGGUGAAUUCAAUUGACUAGUUCAAUGUCCCAAGUUCGGAUUCAAUGUUAGAGGCGACAUGGGCUCUGCGAAGCUUGAUCAGUUACAUCACCGUUAGAUGCCCAGGGUCAAUUUCAAGAGAACUCUCAACAUCAGCUGCACAAAGCAUCAAGCCUGCUUCUACAUCAGCUGUGAGAAAGCUUCGGUGGUCAGCUGUAAUUUUACCGCUCUGUCCCUUUUACAUUAGAGUCACCACUAGGAUGGAAGAGGUUCGCUUGAGGUUUAUAACGAGUUGCACUUCUACCAAUAGGACAUCUGUUCUGUAAUUUAUAUUAGAAGCGUCCGUUGUUUCUAGAUCAUGAAGCCUGGAGAUGCCUGAGUUCUCACUUGUUACCAGUCGGGCCGAGGAGUGUUACAUAAGCAUAUCUCCAAUCCGUGUACAGGUCAUUAGAGCUCCAGUAACAUCCCUGCUUUAGUAGCUGGGGUGCAAGCUGCACUGGAUGAACCAGUUUUCAUUUGUUCCUCAAAGUCGUAUUUGAUCUGUUGAAGUUAACAUGACAAAUAUGAUUCGUCUAAACAGAAGUAUAAAUCUCGCUAUGAAAGUGAGAUAGUGUUAUCUCAUAUAUAAGAGCGAUUCAUUUUUGUUAGCAAUUGUGGCGGAAUGUUCUGGCUGCCAUUUACUUAUGGACUAAGUUCUAUUUCUUUCAAUCUUCCUAUUGGCA